GGCCGGCCGUGCGCCCACGACACGACCCCGUCCAAGUCAAAAACCCCCAAAUCCAAGAGCCCCUCUCACGUCGCACCAGCCUGGCCAGCUAUCCCACAUACGUACCGUAGUCGCGCGCGCGAGCGAGCGAGCGCAAACCAGCUAUCUCUCGAGCAAGCGUAAGCGACGCCUCCAUGGCGACGACCACGAUGCUGCGCGGCGGCGACGCCUGCGCACCGGCGGACCCGCUGUGGGCGCAGGCCGCCGAGCUGGAGCGCCAGUUCGAAGGCUACAAGCGCCGGCUCGCCGAGAGGACGGCCGCGACCAUCUUAGUCGCCGUCGAUCGUUCUCAUGUCGGCGUCGAUGACGACGGCGACGGCCGGGAGGACGAGGAGGUGGGGAGGGGGAGGAGGUACGAGGCGUACGUGCGGAGGCGGGACGAGAAGCUGCGCCAGGGCUGGCUCGCGCGCAUGGAGCGCAAGGAGGCCGAGGUCAAGGCGCUCUGGGCGCGCCUCGACGCAGGCGGCGGCCGCCGCCGUGGCCCGGACGACGUCGGCAUCACCGCCAGCCCGGCCAGAGAGCAAAAGCCCCGAAGCUUUGAGAAACCAGUCCCCGCUGCCAGUCCGAGAUGCAUAUCAGCCAUGAAGCUCCCACGUCUGAGGGGCACCCCAGCAUCCUCGUCACUGGCAGCGGCGGCCAGCCCGAGGAUACCCACCAGCCGGCGAUCUUCCCAACCGGAGGCACCCAGCACGCCUCGCAAGGAGAACAGGAUGCCGCCACCGUCCACCGCCGCGGCGACGCCGAGGCCGCCCAAGACGCUGUCGCGGACCAGGAGCUCGCUCAAGGACAGCAGCAAGGUGGAGCGCAGCAGCGCCUCCUCCUCCUCUUCUUCCUCCUCUGUCAGGGAGAGCCCGCGUCCCCCACGCUCCCAGGCCUCGCGGGCUCCUGCGCCGAGCGCCGCCGACGCCGCCAUUGCCGCCGCGCGGAGCCGCUUCCACGAGCAGGUCGUCCUCGCGGAGAUCAAAACGGCUGCUGUCGUUUCUCCCGAGCCGUCCCGCCUCGGGAGGUCACGCGUCGGCGUCGCGCGCGUCUCCUCGCCGUCGGUGACUCCCGGUCAGGUCGAUUUCUUGAGCAGAAUAGGACACAGUGUCCGCGGCGAUCGUGAAACAUCCGAACGUUCAGACGCCGAGGACAAGGACUUCAUCACCCGGGCGGGCGGCAGCGGGCACAAGCUUGGCGAUGCGGAGAUCACCGGCGACUCCGACACCGAGCCGAGCUACGUGUACGUAAAGAGAGACCACGAAGAGGUUGGUGAUGAGCAGGAGGCUGAAAUCUUCGAGGAAACCAUGACAUCAUCGCCAUCACCAUCAUCUGAGGAGACUGACACGACCGUCAAGGAAAGCCCGCCGACCGGCGCAGAAGCACCGCCGCGGGAUAGCUCCGAGUCGCUGUACUCGAACGUGCAGUCGUCGUUCUCCCAGGGAUCGGAGCUGGAUGCCUCUGCCGCCGGCUCUCCUCUCCCCACCCCGCCGCCUUCCGGAGGAGCUUUGUCCACCGAGGAACUGCUGGAGUCCGACGCCGCGGUGCUGAGGAUGAAACGGGAGCAGGAGGAGGUGGACGCCAGUGAGGUGGAUCAAAGCAUAGUGUUCCUGCCGAGCACCUGCUGCACCGCGACGAGCGGCGCCGUCCCUGUCGCCGGGAGGCCGCAGUCACCGAUGGAAGCCGUGGCGGGGCUCAAGAGGUUCCUGACCUUCGGGAAGAAGAACGGAAGGGGUGCUGACGAUGCCGUUGUCGUCGUCAUCGAGCGCGCGCCGCCUUCGGCAGGUGAUGGCAGCGUGAGCGAAGGAUCGGCGUCAGGUGAUUCAACCAAGCCGAGAGCGUGCUGGUCGGAUGCUGCUUCCGAUGAUCUGGACAAGAGCUAUGUCAUCUCUCCGCACGUUCGGUCUUUGAAAAGCUUUGUACCACCAUCUCCUGCAAGAUCUCAGCUGAAAGAGAUGGCUCUACCUGCAAAAUCACCAAGAGUACCCCGAUCAUUCUUCUCGUUCUCAUCGUUUAAAAACAAAGGGAACUGAUGCCGGACAUUAGUGGCAAAAGUUGCCGCUUGUACAUUCUAUUUAGUAUUUACAGUUAGGUCGUUAUAUCAGUGAUCCUCAAGACAUCUUAAUUUUCUGUUGAAUGAGUUGUUGUUGGCAAUAUUGGUCGACAAAGAGACACUUCUUUUCAUAUGGUUUUUUUUUCUACGAGAUAAGGUUCUGGGAGGAUAAAUGGUUAGAAAAUACCACGCCCCGAGAACAAUACAUAGCUCUACAUAAUAGUGUGUGUCACAAAGGUGAUUCUUCACCUAAGUUGAAUGAUUUGUAGUUGGCAAUAUUGGUGGACGAAUAGACACUUCUUUGUAUAUGUAUCCAUUUCUAUCAACGACGGAUCUGAGAUAAGGUUCUAGGAGGAUAAA